GAAAUAGAUUUUUUUUAUUACAAAAAAUGUAGAAGGAAAAAAAAAAAGAUACAACUCUUCAUAUGAAAGAAUAAUACAUAAAGACGAUUUUAACGCAGAGAGAUAAAAAAUUAGAGCUGCGUCUACUCUUCAUGAUUGCUGCAAAUGUUCCUGGUGGCGCUGUUUGUCUCAGAUGCCAGUUACGUCUUCUCCGGCAAUGUGCCCAACCCUCUCAAGCAUCCAAUCGCUUCUUCCGAGUUCACCGUCCAAGUCAACGUCCGAGUGUACGAUAUUUUACUAAUGAAUCGACCUCCCCCUACUUUCACCAGGACCAAACAGUCGAGUGGCAAGAUGGGGAACCCGGAAAUAAGAAGCAGGCACGGAGCAAGAGAGCACAAGGUUCUGAGGUUUAUGGGGUGAAAAGAUUAGGUGCUCCCAAGAAGCGUCUCUCGCGUAAUCGGAUUCUCACAGAAGAUGCUGGUAAUCUUGAUUCUGAUAUGCUCGGUAAACCUGCAUCCGUUAUUAUCAUGAGGGAUGGGGGUAUGUAUAAAAAGAAGGACCACACCCUUACCUCCGAUGUGCUCUCUGACGAGCCUAAUAACCCGCCUACCGAUAUUGAAGCUUUGCUCAACAGCCAACAAGAGCCGCCGACCGCCCAAGAAGUUCGUGAUAAUAUCAAUGGGUUGAGGCCUAAGACAGAGACAACCCUUUCAGCAAGAGAAUUUCGCAAGCUACAAGCUUUUAUAACAAAUGGUUUCUUGAAUGCUCAACUGGAGGAUUAUCUCCUCGCGCAUUACGAGCAGGGCAAUACUCCACAUGAACCCCAUAAAGAGGAUGCUGCACCUGUCGACGGAGAUAAAGAUCAAGCCAUUCAGUACAGCUGGAUCAGCAAUAUCAGUCCAUGGAUACCACUAGGUAAUCAGCCGGGCAUUGCGGAGGAAAGUGAUUCUACUCUGUAUGGAUACAUAUCAGACUCGGCUACCGUUAAGGAGAAGCUCGCUGUACGGAUCAUGCGUGAGUGCUGGGGGCUUUCGAUUGCAGAACUUGAUGCUGGGCUUGGUGAAACAAGAGUCAGAAUUCAAACACGUGAAUUUCAACUUUUAAUGCGUGGCACUCGGAGAUGGGUGAACCUCAUUAGCAAGAUAUGGUUGGAUCCCAGUGAGAAGAUCGAGAUAAUACCGAAACAUCACACACUGCGCUUCGUCACGACGAAAACAAAAGCCGCCACCUUAAUGCAAGAUUUAAACGAGACGCUCCAGCAAAUUACAACCAAAACAUUCUCAGUAAACCUGAUCACCACCGAACCUAUCGACGAAAUGGUUCUAGAAGAAGUCGGCCGUAUCACGAAUACACACAUUAGAAACAGUCACAAUUCUCAACGGCUCCAUGUUACUUGGAUCGAGUUAAAGAAACGCGCUGCUCAGGGUUUCACCGUCCUAGAAGAUCUUCGCGAAGUCGCCUUCCGUUUAAUGCUUACUGCCUUCAAUCCGCAACCGUCAACGACAACUGCUCUCUAUAUAGCCGCCUUAUCAGCUGAAGAGGAGGCCUUGGGCCGGUUCAUCACAGACGCAAUAAGCAAGGAAAAGUUGGGCUGGAAGGAAAAGAUGGGCCAGUGGGCCCGCUAUAUGCUUCCAUUAACACUGCAGGCUACUAGUUCGGCAAUGGCAAUGCCGCCCAUGAGACUUACGUUUCCCCUAGAACCAUACGCGGGCUUGCCUGGACCCAGUGAGAAUCAAGAGCCUCCUGAAGACCCGUGCUUUGCUGCCAAUCCGGUGAAAUGGGCUAGGGAUCUUAGAGUGUCAACAACAGCCAACUUCGGUUACUUGCUACAUGCAAAUGACCUCUCAGCUUCCCCACCCCCUAUACACAGUCUGCGAGCCGCCAACCACCCUCGUGUGUUUGUUCCCUGUGCGCCGCACCCACUCCAUCUUGCCCAACUGGAAAGAAAUAAGCAGGAAGCAACACACGUACUCGUACAAGCAAAGAAUGUUAUAGUUAUACGUUUCUGGCCUUCCCCUACUCCCAAGGCUCAUCUCGGAAGCGAUCCGCGCGAGAAGACGAGAGAAACAAAGAAAAGCAAAAGGAAAGGCAGGUCAUUUCCAAUAUCCGCAGCGUUACCGCCUAUCCUCGAACUCCAUCUUACUGUUUUGGGUGGCGAGGUCAAAGGUGUUGAGAGCUUGCGCGCCAUCAAACAGUCCUGCGUCUCAGAUGUGAUGUUUCCCGCGUCCGCCGUCGAUGUGCGCUUUACCCAAACGGAAUAUGCAAUACUUGAAGGCAACCCCGCCAACCUGGCGAUCUGGCAGCCAUUGGCCGACUUCCUCGAACCCGCUCGCCUUGAUCUAGAACGCAGUAAGCUCGAAACGCCACCGCGACAGAAAUUCCCAAUCCCAAGGCGUCUUUUCAGCCACUCGGAUACGUCUACACCCGCGGUUGAAUCCGGGUCUGAAUCAGUAGAUCCGGGGGUUCCUUCCCCGAGUUCCAAUCCGGAUGAGCUCAUCAGCACUCAGUACACAUUUGUUGGUUUAGAGGUUCAUCGUUCCAUCACAAUGCCCUACGAGAAAUUUAAGCUCAAGUAUACUUUUAUAGAUGCACAGCGAGGUGGUGCGGGUAGAGCUGAAGUGAGCUUAGAACCUGAGGCGGGAAGCAGUAUUUCUCCCAUAAAGAAUGAUAUGGAUAAGCUCCAUGAUGAAUUCCUAGUCGCCUGCCAUAAGUUCGUCACUACAGACGAAUUGUGGUCGGGAUACUCAACUACUACAGCUAAUCACAAGGCAUAUUAAUUAUACUAUAGAUAUGUUGUAUAUAUUCCACAUGAAUUAAAACCUUACUCACGGCCGCCUGUUUGGUCCACUUAAAACCAUGUACUAAAAGUGAAUGGAACUGUGUUUACAUGCGAAGCGCGACUGCGCGAGUACGCACUAGAGGCAAUUCUAGCUCCAAGUAUUAUAUACCUAGGUAAUUGUCUAGAGAUAUUGGUCUUGAACAUUGAUCGGU